AAGUCAAAAGUUGCCCUAAAUCAUGGAGACCAAUCACAAAACAUACACUUCACUUUGUAUUCUAUUUGUGUUUUUGUUAUCUUCUUUUUCAGAUGCCAACUCCAUAGUUAAGAAUCUCCCUGGUUUUGAUGGUGAUCUUCCUUUCACUCUAGAAACCGGAUAUGUUGGAGUUGGAGCAAAUGAAGAAAUUCAGUUGUUUUACUAUUUUGUUGAGUCUCAAAGAGAUCCUUUGCAUGAUCCUCUUCUUCUUUAUCUCACUGGUGGCCCUGGCACUUCUGGACUCUAUCCUUUCCUCUAUCAAAUUGGUCCGCUAAGUAUAAAUUUCGAUAAUUCAACAUGGGAGAAGCUCGCUUUGGAGAUAAAUCCCAAUUCAUGGGCAAAGACGGCUAAUGUAUUAUAUGUUGAUUUACCGGCUGGUACGGGAUUUUCAUAUGCUACAACAUACAACGCAUCGAAGAGUAGUGAUUCUAUUUUAGCUAAACAUAGCUAUAAAUUUUUGAUUAAGUGGCUAGAGGAUCACCCAAGGUUCCUCAAUAAUCCUUUGUAUGUAACUGGUAUAUCAUACAUGGGCAUACUCGUACCAGUUGUUACUCUAGAGGUAUACAAAGGCAAUGAACGUGGAGAUCAACCUCAACUGAAUAUUAAAGGAAGUAUGAUUGUUAGCCCUCUCACUGAUAAAUUCAAUGACUUCAAUUCAAGAUUUGAGUUUGCUCACAGACUUGCACUUAUAUCGGAUGAUAUCUACGAGUCAGCAAAAAAAGCUUGUAAUGGUAACUAUAUUGAUGUAUACACCGAUCCAAAAAACAGUGCAUGUGCAAGUAGCCUUCAACGCGUAGAUGAGUGCACGAGCAGAAUUAAUGCAGGAAAUAUUUUAGACCCAUUCUGUGAUGAUGUCAAUCCGGACCCAACUUGUCGGGAGGCUGCUGCAAUAUAUUUAGAGUAUUUUGGAAAUGAUAAAGAAGUUCAGAAAGCUCUCCAUGUUCGUGAGGGAACGGUCGAAACGUUUGAAAAAACUAAUGAGACGAUCCAUUAUGUCUUAGGGAAAAAUGACACGGAGUGUUACUCAUAUGACAUCUUUAGCAGCCUCGUCUAUCAUAAAAUGCUUUUUUCAAGAAAAUGUCAAGUUUUGAUCCUUAGCGGUGAUCAUGAUUUUACUUUCCCAUACGUUGGAGCCGAAGAAUGGAUACAAUCUCUUAAUCUUCCGGUUGAAAGCCCAUGGAAGCCAUGGUUUGUUAAUAAUCAAGUUGCUGGAUAUCGGAUGAAGUAUGCGAAGAACGAAUACUCGCUAACAUAUGGAACUGUUAAGGGGGCGGGUCAUUCAAUUCCAUUGUACAAGCCAGAAGAAGCUUGGAUUAUUUUAGAUGGGUGGCUUUCUUCUCAUUCUUAUUCAAGCGACAUCUAAGCAUGAAAAAUAUAUCAUUAAUGUCAUCGACAAACUAAGUGAUUUUUCAUGUGAAAAAAAUAUAUUUUUUUACAUGUCAAAGUUGUGAUAAUUGCCAAUUGAGAUAUUGAAGAUAGGUUAUAGUUGGAAGAGAUAUUGUAUGAUUUCAAAUUCAUGUCAUGUAUUUUUUAUGGACAUUUUAUUAAGUAGCUAGGAGCACCAGUUUAAUAAAGAUAAGUGAAAUAUGUUGUUUGGGUUA